CCAUCCCACCCCAAACAACAUGGCCCCCUCACGCACGCGCGACCCCGGUCCCUCCACGCAGCCCAAACCCAAGAAAGCGCGCCGCCCGAAGGCGUACCACGGGCAGGACGAGCCGACCGGCGUGCCCGGCGUGCAGAAGCUCAAGGCGCAGCUGCGGUCCGUGCGGAGGCUGCUCGCCAAGGAUAACUUGGCGGCGGACGUGCGCGUCGAGACGGAGCGGCGUUUGAGAGCGUUGGAGGCGGAUCUGGAGGCGGCGGAGCGCGCACGGAAGGAGCGUGCGCUUGCGGUGCGGUAUCAUAAGGUCAAGUUCUUCGAGAGGCAGAAAGUCGUGCGGAAGAUCGCGCAGACGAAGAAGAAGCUGGCGCGGGAUGGGCUGCGCGGGUCGGAGAGAAAAGAGCUCGAGGGCGCGUUGGCUGAGCUCAGAGUGGAUUUGAAUUACAUUUUGCACUACCCAAGACUCGAGAAAUACAUCUCCCUCUUCCCGCCGGAAGUCCGGCUCGGGGAAGUGCCGCCGCCCGAGCAGGCGAAGGAGAAGGCGAAGACGGAUAAACGGCGCGCGGAGCUGCGGGCACGGAUACGCAGGGAGAUGGAGGCAGGCGAGCUGGGCGGGGAGCCGGAGCUGGAGAAGGGUGGGAGAGCUAGGAGCGAUCACGAGAGAUCGCGGGGUGAGGGGCGGAAGGGCGGAGAGAAGAGGGGGAGGGCGGAGAAGAAGGGGAUGGAAGAUGAUUUCUUUGCGGGUGAUGAGGAGACGGAUGGAGGGGGAGGGGACAGCGGGUCAGAGUUUGAAUGAAGGACGGAGGGGACAGCGGGUCAGAGUCUGAAUGAAGGACGGAGGCGUGGCCGCGCGAGUACUGUGGGUCUCCUCGCCUCGAUCGUCGACCUUGGUCUGCCUCGCCUAAUGGCAUUCCCUGGUCACUAUGCAGAUGUUUUGCAUGCCAAGCACCCUUACUCUCAGCAUCUGAUGCCGUUCCAUUGCCAGUCAGGUGACGCACGACCCCUGUACUAACGAUUCCGAAUUUUAAUAGAUUGACCCGCUCUCCGUCCGUGGCGCAGGUCAUUUGCAAGUCGGCGAUAAAUUUUCUGGGCGGGUAGCGGUUAGAUUCUCACUGUGCUGGCCUAGGAAAGAAGUGUGAGAUGAGGGUCCGCAGUCCUGCUGACUGGCACUAGCCUCUAUCUAGAACGUGCAUUCCGAAUACGCAUAACCUUGUCCUUGGGC